AUGGGGUCGUCGCAACAGCAUUCCCGUGACCCGAGAACCGGGACCCCGCUACCAUAUAAGGAUGAUAUCGAAGCCUCCAAACUAGAGUAUGCCCAGGCUCUGGACGCCCAGGAUCCUCUCCGAAAUUUCCGAGAGGAAUUCAUUAUUCCUUCUGUAAAGGAUUUGCAGAGGAAGAAACUCGCAGUCGAGCAAGGCCACAAUGAAAGUUCCGAUGCCCGAUGCAUUUACUUCUGCGGCAAUUCGCUAGGUGUACAACCUCGGAAGACUCGACACUAUAUCGAGCAGUAUCUGCGGACUUGGGCAACAAAAGGCGUGACCGGCCAUUUUGUUCCUCACGAGGACGAGUUGCUUCCCCCCUUCGUCGACGUAGAUACAGCUGGCGCCAAGCUCAUGGCACCUGUUGUGGGGGCUUUUCAAAGUGAGGUGGCUGUCAUGGGCACAUUGACUGCUAAUUUGCAUCUUCUAAUGGCGAGCUUCUACCAACCAACGAAAGAGAAAUACAAGAUCAUUCUAGAAGGCAAAGCCUUCCCCAGUGAUCACUAUGCCAUCGAGUCUCAAAUCCGACAUCAUAACCUCAAUAUCCAAGACGCCAUGGUCCUAAUCGAGCCCAAGGAUGCGGCCCGUCCUAUCUUGAGCACAGAGCAGAUCUUGAAGGUGAUCGACGAUAAUGCGUCCAGCACUGCAUUGAUCCUUCUUUCAGCGAUCCAGUUUUAUACCGGGCAAUAUUUUGAUAUCGAACGGAUCACCGCGCAUGCCCAUUCCAAGGGCAUCGUAAUUGGCUGGGAUUGUGCACACGCCGCUGGAAAUGUAGACCUUCGUUUGCAUGACUGGAAUGUUGAUUUUGCAGCCUGGUGCACAUACAAGUAUAUCAACAGUGGACCCGGUGGCAUGGCAGGCUUAUUCGUUCACGAGCGUCACGGUCGUGUCGAUGAAAAGCAGCCUGGAAGUGAAGAGACCUUCCGUCCUCGCUUCUCGGGGUGGUGGGGUGGAGAUAUCAAGACACGAUUCAACAUGGAAAAUAAAUUCGUCCCUCAACCCGGCGCUGCUGGCUUCCAGUUAUCGAACCCAUCUGUUCUGGAUAUGAAUGCUGUCAUCGCCUCCCUCGAGAUCUUUAACCGGGCGACCAUGGAGGGAAUCCGGAAAAAGUCACUCAGUAUUACAGGCUAUCUGGAGCAUCUACUCCUGGCAUGCCCACCGAAUGGUUCCCCUGAAAACAAUCCCUUCACUCUCAUCACACCAUCCAAUCCGGCCGAGAGAGGGGCUCAACUUAGUUUGAGGCUUAAGCCCGGGUUGUUGGACAAAGUCCUCCAUCACUUGGAGGAAAACGGCGUCGUUAUUGACGAGCGAAAGCCAGAUGUUAUCCGCGUAGCUCCUGCGCCGUUGUACAACACCUAUACUGAAGUGUGGCACUUUUGUCAGAUCUUCGUUGAGGCAUGCCAGAAGGCAGUCAAAAACAUGGAGAAACCGAAUCCACCUGUAACGCUUACAACAGACUUAGAAGCUGCUCAAAAUACAAACGACCACGAGAAUGGCACUGCGGGGAAUCAAAGUGGGGAUCUUGCAGAUGUUGACUACUCUAUCUUCACAAUCAGCCAGCGACGAUUCAUUGUCUUCAUGGCCUCAUGGGCCGGAUUCUUCUCGCCGGUUUCGUCGCAAAUCUACUUCCCAGCGUUGAUUACGUUGGGUCAAGAUCUUCAUGUCUCGAACUCCCUUAUGAAUUUGACUCUCACGAGAAUCUCGCCCAUGUUCAUCGGCGAUUUUGCCGAUAAAGCUGGAAGAAGACCUGCUUACAUUGUCUGCUUCGCGAUCUACAUUGCCGCCAAUAUCGGACUCGCUUUGCAAAACAAAUAUGCAGCACUCUUCGUUCUUCGAUGCCUUCAGAGUGCAGGAAGUAGUACCACUAUUGCUCUUUCAUCGGGAGUAGUGUCCGAUGUGGCCACUGCAUCUGAGAGGGGAUCUUACAUGGGGUUUGUCACUGCCGGCUCUCUCUUGGGUCCUUCUAUAGGACCGGUCAUAGGUGGUCUGUUGUCUCAGUAUCUCGGAUGGAGAGCGAUAUUCUGGUUCCUUGUUAUCUUCUCUGGGGCAUUUAUGAUUCCAUUUCUCGUCUUCUUCCCUGAAACAGCUCGAGGUGUUGUUGGUGAUGGGUCGUUGCCUCCUCAAAAAUGGAACAUCCCUCUCAUCAACUAUUUGAGAUCGCGAAACCCUCACGAGGCGGCUGAAUCCCUACCAACCCCACCGAAGCAGAAACUCAAGUUUCCUAACCCGUUCGAAACACUCGCCAUUGUCUUCCAGAAGGACACCAGUAUCAUUCUCUUCUGCAAUGCCAUCUUAUUCGCUGGCUUCUACGACGUCAGCGCAACAAUUCCGUCGAUCUUCAAUGCCCAAUACGGUCUCGAUGACCUCCAGGUUGGCUUGUGCUACAUCCCCUUCGGCGUUGGUGCAAGUAUAGCGUCGAUCCUAAACGGGCAAUUCCUGGACCGCAAUUAUCGCCGGAUUGCGGUGUGCAUGAAUUUCCCCUUGGUCAAGAAUCGACACACAGAUCUGAAAAACUUUCCCAUCGAGAAGGCCCGUCUUCAGAUAGCCCUCCCGAUGCUGUUUAUCGGCAGUCUCUGCGUCCUAGCCUUUGGCUGGUGCCUCAACUUUGGCGUCCAUCUUGCUGCACCGACGACCAUUUUGUUUUUCAUGGGCCUCACUUUGACAGGCGCCUUUAACACUGUCAGUACACUUCUAGUGGACUUGUACCCGACACAGGCAGCGAAGGCCACUGCGGCCAACAACUUUGUCCGGUGCUUGCUCGGUGCUGGCGCGACGGCCCUCAUUGAUCCCAUGCUUUCAGCCAUGGGUCGUGGCUGGUGUUUCACCUUCAUUGCUCUCGUGAUGAUGGCUACCUCCCCGCUACUCUUGUGGGAGAUGCGUCGAGGCCCUGCCUGGCGCGAAGCCCGUCGGCAGAAACAGGAAGCACAGAAGCUCGCAGGGGAAGCGCGUGCUGAGACCGAGACCGAGAAGAUUUGA